GCCACCGAGCGCGACCUUCUGAGCCGGGUCCUCAGCGCUGGCCGCGGGGAGCCGGGGGCGUCCACAGUCGCGGCGCAGAUCCCUGUGGCGGGCCGGCUGUUAGCGAGCGCGCCCUGCGCCGGACGUGCAGCACGGAAGUUCUGUAGUGCGUGUGGAGGGAGGAAAUGAACGAGAGGGUCGGGCUGCAGUGUCGCUGCCCAGCCCGGAGUCUCCGGUUCCCGCGGCUGCUUCUCCUGGGUGUGGCCUGCCACGCGGCCGCUCGCUGCCUUUUGCAGUCCGCUCCAGAAGGGAGUACCGGCCUUCUGCACCGCUCCAGGAACACGUCAGACGGCGGGCAGGGCUAUUGCGACACAGACGCUAGACUGGCCCCGACUCUCGACUUUUGGACCCUCUCUUCUGCAGACCUUAUAGCUGUGUUUCCAGUUGAUCCUGUGAAAGAAAAUUAUGUUCGUAAAGUGGAAAAUUGUAUAUUUUCAAUUGCCUUCCCUACUCCUUUCAAAUCAAGAGUGCGUCUCGUAGCAGUUUCAAAGGAUGUUCUAGAAGACAUUUUGGACCUUGAUGUCUCUGUCUCAGAAACAGAUGAUUUUAUCCAGCUUGUAAGCGGUGGGAAGAUAGUGUUUGGAUCUGUUCCAUUGACUCACAGAUACGGGGGUCAUCAGUUUGGGGUGUGGGCAGAUCAGCUUGGCGAUGGAAGAGCGCACCUUAUUGGAAUUUACAUGAACAGGCAGGGUGAAAAGUGGGAGCUCCAGUUAAAAGGCUCGGGAAAGACUCCAUACUCCCGAAAUGGCGAUGGUAGAGCAGUACUUCGAUCCUCAGUGAGAGAAUUUUUGUGCAGUGAGGCUAUGCAUGCCCUUGGGAUUCCAACCAGCAGGGCUGCAAGCCUGGUUGUGAGUGACGAUGAAGUAUGGAGAGAUCAGUUCUACAGUGGAAAUAUCACAAAAGAACGAGGUGCAGUUGUGCUUCGUGUUGCAAAGUCGUGGUUUAGAAUUGGAUCAUUAGAAAUUUUGGCUCAUUAUGGUGAACUGGAUUUGCUGAGGACACUGUUAGACUUCAUCAUACAGGAACACUUUCCAUUAGUAGAUGUCAAAGGGCCUAACAGAUACUUGGAUUUUUUUUCUACAGUAGUAUCUGAGACAGCACAGCUUAUUGCCUUAUGGAUGUCUGUUGGUUUUGCUCACGGUGUUUGUAAUACCGAUAACUUCAGUUUGUUAUCCAUUACUAUUGACUACGGUCCCUUUGGGUUCAUGGAGGCCUAUAAUCCAGACUUUGUAUCAAACACAUCUGAUGACGAAAAAAGAUACAAAAUAGGAAAUCAGGCCAAUAUUGGGAUGUUUAAUUUAAAUAAAUUGUUACAAGCUCUAAACCUAUUACUGGACCCUAAUCAAAAGCAGCUAGCUGCUCAGAUUCUUGAUGGGUACCCUGAUCUUUAUUAUACAAGAUUUAGAAAAUUGUUCAAAGCCAAGUUAGGAUUCCUUGGAGAAGAGGAGGGUGAUGACGAGUUAAUUGCAUUUCUCUUACAUCUCAUGGGCGAGACAGAAGCUGAUUUUACAAUGACGUUUCGGCAGCUCAGUGAGAUUACCGAGAGCCAGUUACUGGAGCUCAACAUUCCUCAGCAAUUCUGGGCCCUAAAGACAGUUUCAAAGCAUGAACUCUUUCCUACCUGGGUGUCCCAGUACCUUUUGAGACUGAAAAGUAACAUGAAUGACUCAGAUUCUGAAAGAAGAGAAAGAAUGACAACUGUUAACCCUAGGUAUGUGCUAAAGAACUGGAUGGCUGAGUCUGCCAUACAGAAAGCAGAAAGGAAUGAUUUUUCAGAGGUCCGUCUUCUCCAGCAAGUACUUCGGCACCCUUUCCAGAAGUGUUCCAUGGCUGAGAAAGCAGGCUACGCCUCACCUACUCCUUCUUGGGCCAAAGAUCUCAGAGUUAGUUGCUCAUCUUAAUUUGGGAAAAGUAAAUUCAGGACUACUAUCACUGGACUCACCGAAGAAUAAUUUAUGUAAUAAAUUCUUUUUUCUUUGCCCUUUAUUCCUUUCCCCUCCCCCUCCAGUUCCCCUUCCUAUAACAAAUUCUUCAUGAUCUUCUUCACUUUGAUGAUAAUCAAUGAUUAUAUGACCAUAUGUAAUGAUAAUAUAUAAAAAUAUUUUAGUUCUAUAAAUUGGACUUUGUUCUUUGAAACAAGACAAUGGGAAAAUAAAGUGUUACUGGUUAACCACAUAAA